GGUUUCUGACCAGUCAGUGGGCGCGGCGCGGGUUUCGGUUCGAGGAGCUAGUGUUUGCCGCCUCGGUUCCCGCGACCCCAACGUCUCAGGGCGGAGUCGGUGGAGGCGUUUCCUGGAGCCCACCUCUGUUUCGGUUCAACAAACAGAUCCGGCCUGAACGGGAGGUUGUAGUGAUUCGGGCUUCAUGCUUCGAUUUUCACGGAGAGGCCGGAGCGGGGACCGGAGGAGGACCGUGGGCGGCGUUCAGGACCCCGCGUUGGGAUCAGCCCUCCAGGAACCAGUGGAACCAGUGUGAGGAAUUAGCGGAUCACGGAUUCCUGUAGAAUCGUUUUUGCUUAGGAUACCGAGCAUUUGAAAUUUAAUAAAUCAUUCGCCAACUAUUGUGGAGCCUCUAUAUCCUCGUGCAGGGUCCCAGAUGAACACCAGGUUUUCUUCAAGCAAGAUGGUACCAUUUUAUUUUCCUCCAUCAAAAUGUGCACUUUGGAACCCAAUGCCAAUUGGAGAUUUCAUCAAUUUACAUCUUAAUUACUACAGAAAUCCAAAGCUUGUGAUAACUGAAAAGACAAUCCGACUUGCUUGUCGACAUGCUAAGCAGAAUAAAAAGAACUUGCCAUGCUUUUUACUUGGUUCUCUCACAGUAGAUGAAGAUGAAGAAAGUGUAAUAUUGACAAUAGAUCGCUUUGAUCCUGGUCGAGAAGUACCUGGAUGCUCUGAAAGAACCCCUACUGCUUCUCUUCCUGGGGACUUUGUGAUUCCAUGCAAAGUCCAAACUAAUGGACUUUGUUCAAAAGAAAUAAUAGUACACAGUGCAGAUGACUUCAAUUCAGCUUUUAAGGCUCUGCAGCACCAUAUACGUAGCAAAGAGUCCUUGGAUUGUGGUAAACUGCUUUCCCUAAGAGCUCAUAUCACUUCCAGAGAGAGUUUGGACAAUGUGGAUUUUGACUUACAUUGGGCAGCAGUAACUCUAGCAAAUACCUUUAAAUGUAUACCGGUGAAGCCCAUCUCCAUUAUUCCUACAGCUCUGGCAAGAAACUUGAGCAGUAAUCUUAACAUUUCUCAAGUUCAAGGUAUCUAUAAAUAUGGAUAUCUUACCAUGGAUGAAACACGCAAAUUGUUACUUUUGCUGGAAUCUGAUCCCAAGGUUUAUUCUCUUCCAUUAGUGGGAAUAUGGCUCUCUGGUAUUAUACAUAUAUAUAGUCCUCAGGUGUGGGCUUGCUGCUUACGAUACAUGUUCAAUUCCUCUAUUCAAGAAAGAGUUUUUUCAGAAUCUGGAAAUUUCAUUAUAGUUCUAUAUUCUGUGACACAUAAGGAUCCUGAGUUUUAUGAAUGCCUCCCUUGCGAUGGCAGGUUACCUGACCUUCGAUUCCAGCUACUAACCAGCAAUGAAACAUUACAUCUUUUUAAAAAUGUUGAACCUUCUGACAAGAAUCCAAUACAUUUUGAACUGAGUGCUAAAAGCCAAAAUGCAGAAACAGAGUUUUUCAACAAAGUUUGUAAAAAUCUUUCAAUUAAGAGGUCUGCCCAAAAGUUAUCUCCAGGGAAAAUGCCAAUAAAUGAUCAUGACUCUGGUGUUGAAGAUGAAGAUUUUUCUCCAAGACCAAUUCCUAGUCCUCAUCCAGUGAGUCAGAAGGUUUCUAAGAUCCAGCCAUCAGUUCCAGAACUUUCACUUGUGUUGGAAAGCAAUUUAACUGACUCAAAUCCUCUGCCUAAUCCUUUGGAAAUGGUGAAUAAUGAAAAUCCUCCAUUGUUGAUUAACCGGUCUGAACACUUGGAACCACUGCACUCCCAGCUUUAUGAUGGGAAACACAGCCCAGAAAUUGAAGUUGGAGAGCCUUCCUUGAAAGGGCUUCCAAAUCAAUUAAGCCAGGGCACUACUCCUUUGGGACACUGCAAAAUUCAACAGCUAGCUACCUACCAGAAUGAGAACGCCCACAUGAGGAGCAGUGUUAAACCAUCUUCUCUUAACGGGUCACCUACUGAUGCAUCUGAAAAGCAUCAAACAGUUUCUUCUGGAAAUGCACACAAAGAAGAGUAUUCUGUAAGAUCUUCCACAUUUAAUUCCAGGCAGUCUUCUAAUGCCCCACAGUCCCACCCACACAAUUUUACUUUCUCACCUCACAAUUCAGGAAAACCAGUGGAAUUUCAGAUACCUCCCCCUCCAUCACCGUCUUACUAUCCCACUAAUGUUUGCAGUUGUUGUCAGCAUCAUGGCCAUAUUCGGUAUAGUCCAAUAAAUUCUUGGCAAGGAAUGAAUACAGUAGGAUCAGUUCAAGACCUCCAGACUGACGCACUUCAAAAGCAUACAUUAUUUCACCCAAGUGGGUGUCCUGCUCUGUGCCAUAAUGCAUUCUGUUCUUCAAGUAGUCCUAUAGCUUUGAGACCUCAAGGAAGCAUGGAUGGUUGUUCUCCCCACGGCAAUGUAGAGCCAUCGCCUGUAGCAAGACUACCUUCACAUGUGGACUCCUGUAACCGGCCUUGUGCAGUGUGCAUGCACACACCGAAGACUGAGUCAGAUAAUGGAAUGAUGGGACUAUCUCCAGAGGCAUAUAGGUUCCUCACAGAACAAGACCGACAGCUGAGACUACUUCAGGCACAGAUUCAGCGUUUAUUGGAAGCGCAGUCUCUUCAAUCCUGUUCCCCUCAAACAGCUACUGUUGAAAACAAGGGGCAGACUGCAAGACAAAUGGAGUUGGUUUCCAUGGAAGCACAGUCGUCGCCUGGUUUACACAUGAGAAAAAGUGUAAGCAUUGCUGUGAGCACAGGUGCUAGCUUGUUUUGGAAUGCAGCAGGUGAUCAUCAAGAACCUGACUCUCAGCUGAAGCAAGAUGAUACCAAGAUUUCCAGUGAGGACAUGAAUUUUUCUGUUGAUAUUAAUAAUGAAGUCACAAGUCCUCCGGGUAGUGCAUCUUCAUUAAAAGCAGUUGAUAUUCCCAGUUUUGAAGAGAGCAACAUUGUUGUGGAAGAAGAAUUUAAUCAGCCACUUUCUAUAUCCAACAGCUCUUCUCCAGUUGUGAGAAAAGAACCUGAUGUGCCUGUGUUCCUUCCGAAUUCCCUGCUGGCAGAGCGCACAAGCAUGUGCUUACAGAGUGGACCAACAGAGGGUGCUAGUAACAACUCUGUAACAUUAGAGGAACCAAAAAUUGAGCAAGUAAUGCGACAAUCCUUGCCUCAUCAAACAUCAGAUAACCAGAAAAUAUACCAGGAUUUAUUGGGUCAAGUGAACCACCUAUUAAAUAACUCCUCCAAAGAAACUGAACAACCAUCUACCAAAGCAGUGAUUAUCAGCCAUGAAUGCAUCAGAACCCAAAAUGUUUACCAUGCAAAGAAAAAAAAACAUGAUUCAGGACUGGUGGACAAAGAUUGUGUUCUUAAUGCAACCCUGAAGCAACUAAGAAGCCUUGGAGUAAAAAUUGAUUCUCCCACUAAAGUGAAAAAAAAUGCACAUAAAGUGGAUCAUGCCAGUGUGUUGGCAUGCAUCAGCCCUGAAGCAGUGAUCUCUGGAUUAAACUACAUGUCAUAUGCUAAUGUUGGCAUGAGUGGCUUAAGCCCUAACAGUGUGGAUUUGAGCAUGGAGGCAAAUGCUAUAGCUCUGAAAUACUUAAAUGAAAAUCAGCUGUCACAACUGUCUGUCACUCGAUCAAAUCAAAAUAACUGUGACUCAUCCUUUAGCUUUCUGCAUAUUAAUACAGACAAAAGCACAGUAGGGCUUAGUUUAAUUUCACCAAACAACAUGUCUUUUGCAACCAAAAAAUAUAUGAAGAGAUAUGGGCUUAUACAAAGCAGUGACAAUAGUGAAGAUGAAGAGGAACCUCCAAAGAAUACAGAUCACAAGAGUGAACAUUUAUUGAAUCAGAACCCCACAUGCACACCUGAGCAACUUGAUUGUCAGAAGGAGCCUUCUAGGAAUGCCUGUGAAAUAACUAAUUGUAAUAACUGUGAAUCCUUGGGCACCCCUAGAGGUAUGCCAGUAUUGAAAAAUAUUACAAAUGAAGCUGUUCAGCCAAAAGCAGCACAGCAGUUGAAUGAAAACCCAGCUUUUUUAUUAAAGAACCUUAAGUCAAGUCCUGCAGUGAACCUCCGAACUGGAAAAGCAGAGUUUACCCAACAUCCUGAGAAAGAAAACGAAAGGGACACUCCAUUUUUUCCUGAAAGCUUGAAACCUUCUGAAACUUUAAAGCAAAUGAAUAGUAUAAAUUCUGUAGGCACCUUCUUAGAUGUUAAGCGUCUCAGACAGUUGCCAAAAUUAUUUUAAACCUUUAACUCCCUGCCCUGAUAGGAGGACUGGGUGUCUUCGGAAGAUACUUAUAGAAGCCAGAACUCUUUGGUAGUUUGGGGAUCUCUAAUUAAACAUGGGUCAUCCUGUUUGUUUGUUUUUUAUAACAGCUGAUUGCAAAGAGUGAACAAGUGACCUAAUUGUAAGAUGGCUGGCUGGUCAGAGGGCUAAGUUCUCUUUGUUAAAGAGCUUUUAAUGUCACUGAAGCCUUUUUAAAACAAA